AUAUAAAAUAACACUUCAUUUAAUUUGAUUUGCAUGGCGAUUCAGUAUUUGUUGGUAUGAAAGUCUAAAAUGGUGCUAUAUAGGCCUAAAAAUGGGCGUGCGUUAUAUUUGUGUCCAUAGUUGUACGCAUUAGUACACAGCACACCCCCGUACCGUUUACUUGGGUUUAGUACAGUGCUGGUGCAUGCCAUAGCAGCGCUAGAGUACAUGUAACUGUCCUACAAAUGAUGAAAUUACCGAAUUAGUCAUGCAAACGUGACGACGAUGCUAUUAAUGAUGUGAUCAUACGUGCUCAGUAAAUUAGGCAGAGUUCCACAUCCGGCCACCACAUCUUGAGUUCUUUUCCCCAGAUGAUUUUAGCUUUACUCAUCAUGCAAAACAUUCUGCAGUAAAUGGUCUUGUCUUCAAUGAAAAUACAAGAUGACAUGAUGUAUGGGGCAGCGCGGACAUCCGGGAGUUUCACAAAAAUAUGAGUACAGUAGCAACCACACCCUACCGAUUAAAACAACUGCAACGAGUGCACGCAUAUGUACAGAUCAAAGACAGAUUGUAUAACCCGAUCCUCGGACUGCCUGGUGCAUGCGUACGUCGCCAAGGUCGCUAUUCUCACAGGCGCAGUACCUGUCAUUUUGCAAGAAUAACCCGGAUGUCUGCGCUGGCCCAUACGAUGACUGUGGUACUGGAGGAGGAGGCCUGUGGGUUGCAGUCAUUCAGUUGACUUUUCCUUCUCCUGACAUCUACACAUAUUGCAGCCACUGUUUUGUCCUGGUCUUAACUAGAUUUUUAGUCAACAACUUUAAUGCACACUGGAACUUCUUUGCUCUGCGUUGACACGUUAAGUGGCUUGUCAUCAUGCUGCGAAUUCUUGAAUUGAUUGACAAUGCUUGAGGAGCCGCACAGCCUGGAAGACUGGGUGGCUGUCAAAGAGGCACCCUUUGACUCUGACGAGCCCAAGAAAACCAGCCUCCGCUUCCUCGUCAACUGGAACCCCCACGAAAGGAACCUCAGCAUCACUUGCCACGAGAGCAGACCUCGCAAUGUCAAGCGUACUCUCAAGAAUUCGGCCAAGUCGGCACCAAGGGCGGAUGCCGUCCGUAGCCCGGAGGAUCUCCGGAGCUGGUCGGGGAUCUUCACCCUCCAGGACAUCAGCUACGCUCACCAGCAGCUGUGUCUGGUCAAGCCCGACCUGGAGCGCCAUCCCCCAAAUGUGCCCUAUGAGCCGCGGGGAUUUUGGAGUCUGCUCUACACCGUCGAGGUUCCAGAUGACUUUGACCAACAGCUGGAGCUGUACCUGUCAGCAGCCGCCCAGAUCUGUGGGAACAAACUCCUGACUGACUAUCUCUUCAACAGGGACCCAGUGGCCGACGAACAAUACUUUGAGAACUGCAGUGAGCUGAGGCAGAAGGCCUAUGCCGAGCAUGAAACCCGUUUGGUGGACAGACUCAGGGAGUCCUUGAAAAGGAGCACCGACUUGGUCACCAUGUUAGACAUGAUCGAGUUGUACUCAGAAAUUGAUUCCAAUCUGGCCGAGUUGGCAGUAGCGCGGGCAGAGGCUUUCAACGUCAUGCUGCAGCCCUUCUUGGACAUGAGGGAGCUGUCCUUCAAUAGGCUCUUGCGACUGCAAGACGAGCUGGAGGAUGAGUUCAUGAGCCAAGGGAGGAGAGAGAAAUGCCUCAUGGAGUACAGCGAGUGGCAGGAGGAUUACGUAGGAGCGAUUGAAUCCAUUAAUGAAAUCAGAGUCAAAUACUUUGCUCGGUGCAUCCAGACCACUCAAGAUGUGAUAAGCCAGUUGGAAAAUGACAAGCACAAGUUUGGCAAAUCCACCUGGGCCAUGUGUGGGGAGGAUCGGCUGCGCGACAUCCAGCAGAUGCUGUCAAAGGAGAAGAUUCAGUUGCUUCAAGCCAAGCAGGAGAGACACAAGCAUCACAUCGAGAAGAUCCAACAGGAGAUGGCAAUGCUUGAUGAAGGACCCAACUAUGUCAACGAGUUGGAAUCCCUGGAACAGUUGGCCUUCGACCUCCAGAUCAAACUCUACGACACCCAGCUGGAUGUGCUGAAUGAACGUGAUAAGAUGCACCGUCGAGAGCUAGCCGUGAUCAAACAACAGCUCAGAGAAGCAGAAGAGGUGGAUGUGUUCUUCGAUGCCCUGGACAGCCUUCUGGACAUCGACUUGGAGGCGGGGGAAGAUGAUGUGGAUGAGGAAGAGGUCAGGUUGAACAGGAAGGGCAAGAAGGCAGAGAUGGAUCCCAGGGUUGCCGACAUCCAGGCCAAGCUUAGUAAGAUCAACCGGCAACGAGCCCGUAUCAGAAGCAACAAGCAAUCCUGCGUAGCACAGCAACGAACAAAAAUUGAUGAGAAGAAAUUGGAAGAAGAGAAAUUCAAGUCCCACCAUUGGGUUCAGAUGAAGCGGCAGCAGUUAUGGGCUGAGCAGGAGCAGAAGAAAGACUUCAUCCAGUCACAGAGGAAGAAGACGCUAGACAGACUUCGUAACUAUAAAGUGAGUCAUCCCAGCCCAAAGAUGCUCAAGCCCCAACAGUACAAGAAUGGCGCCAAGAAACGGGAAGCCAGCAGCAAGACAGGGGCCGAGCUGGGUAAAGCAGAAGAGAAGAAAAAAGCAGCAGCUGCUAGGGACAAGGCCCGACGCUCCUACCAACCACCCAAGCCAGUGGCAUCAAAGACAAAAAGCUCCAAGGCAACCAAUGGAACUGUACCAGGUGCGGUGCCAGCAACCCGUGGGAAUCAACCUCUAGCCCUGCCUCAACCUGAUCCCCCUCCCCCACCCGUGCCCCCACCCCCGCUGGCUCCCCCACCCCCGCUGGCUCCCCCACCCCCGCUGGCUCCCCCACCCCCUCCACCAGCUUGUCCCCCUACCCUGGCACUACUGGCAGGCACAAGGGACCCAAAGACUGUCGAUAUGGAGAAGAAAGACACAGGAGGCAGGGGACUAGACCUCAGUGCGAUUUUAAAAGCUAGAGGAAAUCUGCAGAAGUGCCCAGCUGACCACUCUGGAGGAGCCAACCAAGAUCCAAUGGUGGCCACGCUGGCCAACAUUCGGCAGGGUGUGAAGCUGCGCAACAUCCAGAGAGACCCCAAAGGCACGUCCUCCCCGUACAACAGCCUGGAAAACACGGAGCUAAUGGCAGCCAUCAACCGCAUCCGAAAUUGCACCGAGAUAGAGGUGGACUCGGAUUCAGAUGUGGACUUCAGUCCUUGAUCGCAAGAACUUCACUGGUUAGUGCAUGUAACAGCUGUGCAAACUGCACAUCAGUGGUAGGAACAUAGUCCGUGCUUAGCAAUGACAUCAGUUGUAUUGUUCAUGUCAUUUGCAUAUGCAUGAAAUGCAGCCAGUGAAAUUUACUUCAUUGUUGACCCGAUGCUUAAUCUCUGGAGUGCGGACACUUAAUUCAGGGACGGUGUGAUCUGCAGACAUGUACGUUUGUUGAGAAAUAUUUGUCAAACGGUAAACUUUUCCCAAAAGGCUUGUAAAUACAGGAAUGUUGCAGAUAAAUUUUUAAAUUUUUAUGAUUAUGUAUAUAUUUCAAACAAAGGAAUAUUGCGGAGUUAAUAUUUUCACCGUGGGAUAAACAACAAUUAACGAAUGCGGUGCGAUCGUUGGUUUAAAAAACGAUCGCAGUGAUCGUUUUAUGCAACAUCGAGCAGAAAAUACAUGCGC